UGAAAUCGUCUUCCAGUGUCUUUAAUCUUAGUUCAGAAGUAAAUUGUUCUAUAAUCACGGAGAAAUGAAAAUUUUCAUAUACCUAUUUAUUGCUUUAAUGGCUAUACAGCUUUCAUUGUCAUCUCCUACGCCUGAACUCGCAACUACACUAGCCCCCUUCGAUCAAAAACGCUAUGACAUAUUCGAUGCGAUCCUCAUACAAAUGAACAACAUUAGCUCGAGUAUUGUGCUGGAGCAGACUUCUACAUAUCCCAAAAUAUUAAAGGAUUACAAUGAAUGGUUGCUGUUGAAUAAGGCUAACCUAAGGGCAAAUAAUGAAACUCAUGUUUAUGAAGAACUAAAAGAGAGCCUAGAAAAUGUUGUGAACAAUUCGGAAAACUUUGUAAAAAAUAGGCAAAAUUGUGAAUUGCAAAGGCAAAUGCAAUCUUCAUUCUUCAAUGUGGUGAGUCUAGUUCAGAAAAUCGAAAAUGAAGAAGUUCAUCAAAUAUGGCAUCGACAUCAGCAACAACAUCCGGGAAAACUUGAUGACAGCCAGGUGGAUGAAGAAAUCUUUAGGAAGUUUUUGCAAGAAUUUAAUGGACAAUUUGAAAAUUUCCAAAAUGGUCUCAACGAGGUUGGUAGAGAGGAAAACAAGGCCUUGAUAAAAUGGCACAAGGAAUUGCAGAGCAAAACUGAUUUUCAGCAACAAUUGGAGGUGUUUGAAGAUGUUCACAUUCUCUUUGAGAAGGAAAUGGAAAGGGAGACUAAGGCGGGUAAACUUAAUUGCAGAUUCCAAGUCUUCCAGGAAUGGAGAGAAAAACAUUUGCAAAUUAUGGCCUUGGCAUUGGGUAUAGCUUUAAAGGCAUUUGGCAAUUUACUGUUUGGUGGUUUAAACUAAUAAAACUAAAGUAAAAAUUA